CACCAUUCAUCACGACGACAGAGUCGUUUAUUUUCGUCCCACUUAUCUUUGGGCAGACUUUUCUUAUUAGACAGUAAACAGUCCCUGAGGAUCAGUGACUACCUCGCCGUUUACGACCAGUUAAGCCAGAGGUAGACAAUACCGCUAUUAUACGGCUCUCAAGAUAAGAGACCGAAGAUUCAUCUGGCUAGAAAGGCGAACAACUCCAAAGUCACAGCAACCGAAUCUCGGCUGAUAAGUUCAAUAUUGUGAUCGUAUUGAUUGAACGACGUCUCAGUUGAGCCACGAUGGCCGGUAAGAAGGGAUCAUUUACGGGGUCACUCAUACCUCUCGUACUAAUCGCGUUCGCUUUGGCAGCAUCCGAAAACCGAGCCCGCUACGAUCACUAUCGGUUGUACCGGGUUCAGCUGGUCAGUGACGAGCAGGUGCGGAUGUUUCAGGACUUGGAAGCCAAGAGCGAUAGCUGCACCUUUUACGGCCAUGCCAGGCAGCCGGGACAGGAGCUAACGAUCAUGGUGGCCGCCAGCAAGGUGGCGGACUUUGAGGACCUGUUGGAUCGGUUCUUGGUCUCGGGAAGGGUUUUGGAGUACAACAUGCAGGACAUGAUCGACAGUGAAGCCAAGUGGAUUAAGCCAUUCGAAGGCUCCGAUCUAGACUGGGAUCACUACCACCACUUGGAGACGAUCUACGCCUGGAUGGAUGAGCUGUCCGCGGAGCACUCCAGCGUAACCGUCCUCAGCUUGGGAACCUCAUACGAGGGUCUUCCAAUCAAGGGGGUCAAGCUCUCCCGUCGCCCGGACAACAAAGCGAUCUUCGUCGAGGGUGGAAUCCACGCCCGAGAGUGGAUCUCCCCGGCGACGGCGACCUUCAUCCUGAACCAGCUAAUAACCUCAACCGAUCCGCGAAUCGUCAAUCUUGCCACCAACUACGACUGGUUCUUCUUUCCGGUGGUCAACCCCGACGGGUACAAGUUCACCUUCGAGGGGGACCGGCUCUGGCGCAAGAACCGAAAACCGUACGGCCUGUGUCGAGGCGUCGAUCUCAACCGGAACUUUGCCAGCAACUGGGGCGGAAUCGGCUCCAGCAAUGACUCGUGCAGUUACGACUUUUCCGGCGGAUCGGCCUUUUCCGAACCGGAAGCCGAGGCGCUGGCCAACUUUAUCCGCGACAACGCCGAAAAGGAGCGCAUCCGGACGUACAUCGCACUGCACUCGUACUCGCAGCUGCUGAUGUUUCCCUAUGGGCACACUCCGCAGAAGGUCCCCAACUACGAGCACCUGAAAUUAAUCACCGAAAAGGCAAUUUCGGCACUGACAGCCGUCCACGGGACCAGCUUCCAGGGUGGGAGUAAGUACGAGACGAUCUACCCGUCCAGCGGGGGCAGCAUCGAUUGGGCCUACAAAGAGGGCAAGAUUCCGGUGUCGUUGACGUUCGAGCUGCGCGGGCCGCCGGAUUCGGAGGACAUGUUUAUCCUGCCGGCGAGGCAGAUUACGCCCGUGGGCGAGGAAACGAUGGCGGCGUUCGUGUCGAUUGUGGAGGAAGCGGAGCGGUUGGGGUAUUACAAGUGAUGGUUGCAUUUUGAGGCCGAGUUCUAAGGAUGUUUGUUUUUUAAUAAAUCAGUUAUUAAUGCCUUUU